ACCUCUUCCACACCCACGCCCCCCUAUGGAUAUGAUGAAUUAUUCCCGCACGCCAAAAACUGCCACAAAUGGAGAGUGCACGGAACGAAGAGUAGAGGAAAAUAAAAUAAAACAGAAAUUAUGGAGUAGGCACUCCAUAUUCCACAGUGGCUAACCAUGAAGGAGAAAGAGUACCUGUGCCUGACUGAAGUUGUCGUACUCCAUACGCCAUUCCAUGAAUCCCUAUUGCUUGUAUUUGCCUUUUUCUUCUUUUGCGCCAAAAUCCACACUUUGUUCACACCCCUCUCUCCCUUCCCCUACUUGCGUUGUCUGCUACGGAGUACUAUCUAUCUCUCCUUUUCGCUUUUGCCCUUUUGGUCUUUUGACUUUGGGCUCAACGCUCGUUUCUUUUUUGUGGCCGUCCCGUGUUCGCCUCUUCCUGCUUAACAUAACAUAAUACUUAAUAUUACAAAACACAUAGUCACUUACUG